UAGCAUCUUCUGCUGUCUGCUCCAUACGCGCACGCAUGCACGGGCAUGCAGUGUUGCAGCGCAGCAGGCACAGCUCCCCAGUAUAUUUCAUGGCUCAAAAAGCACCCGACACCCCAGUAGUUUGCAGCUCCUCUGCUUGUCCAACCAGCAGCGGCACGUGGGAGUCUCGCCAGCUGCAGAUGCACGAAACCUUCCCCUCUUGGAGCCCCUGCGCCGGCACGCUCGUCGGCGCGGCCGACCCAGCCUUCGCCGCACACACCUGGGCGGCGCCGCACCUGCCGAGUGAGCACGCCUCCGGCCAUGUCUUGAACCAGAGCGUCACUUACACGGGAGGAGCGCACGGGACCAGCGGCUACAGAGAGAACUUCCUUUCUCUGCUCGAAGCGAGGAACAUGACGCCAGAGACGUUCGGGGACGUGCCCGUGGCAUGCGACUACCUCACAGGGCUGGCCGCCGCCGCCGCCGCCAGCAACAUGGCCGGCCCAGGCCUAGCUGCCUUUGGCCUGACCAGCAUCGACCGGUACACUGGUGCUUCCAGUGUUUCUCCCGUCAAGCCUGAUAUCGAAGUCUCGCCACUGGUGUGCUCGGGGGACAGCGUGGUGCACGGGAGCAUUGGUUUCAUGCCAUGCUACGACCAUGAGGUGAAACGAGACAACCAGCAGCAGGGGUUUGGAGCUCCCACGGCUGCAUUUCUGCAGCAAAUGGUUCCUAGCAGUGUCGAGAUUCAGUAUGGUCUGGGUUAUUCCGGCAUAGGGACUGAAAGACUAUUGGAAUCUUCUUUUGCCGCGAGGACCUUGUCGGGUGGCGGUUCUUUUAGUGACUACAGAUCAGCCGCAGAAAUCAUGUCCAGCAAUAGACAUGAGCAAGAUAUUGCACCGGAGAUGGCCAGUGGUAGCAGUGGAAGGGGAGCAGCAAGUGUAACUGCCAAGAGAAAAUCAGAUAAAAGGGCGGAAUGCGACGCGAAGAAGUCUAAGCAGGAGGCUUCCCAGACGUCACCUUCCAAGCCUCAAGCGCCGAAAGUGAAGCUGGGAGAGAAGAUUACAGCAUUGCAGCAAAUCGUGUCACCUUUCGGGAAGACGGAUACAGCAUCGGUACUGUUUGAAACGAUCAAGUACAUUAAAUUUCUUCAUGAGCAAAUACAGUUAUUUAGUGAACCGUGCAUGACGAAAAGCACACACAAGGGUCACAUUCAAUUUGGAGGCGAAGAUAGAAAGGAGAAGAAAGGAACGGAGCAUGAUUUGAGGGGCGGAGGGCUUUGCCUGGUCCCUGUUUCUUGGGCUCCGCAGGUAUACCGGGAUGACACCCUACCGGACUGCAGGACGCCGGCGUACAGGAGUUGCCUGUACCGAUGAGCCCAGCAAGGCGACAACUGCAUGGUUUCAGGCUGUAGCUGUGUGACUGUGUCUGCAACGGAUUAUUCGUUGGAACCUUUCUGUAGUGUCACGGACUUGGCUACCGGCCGCCAAGUGGGCCCAGGCAUCGAUGUCUCGCUGCUGGGUGGACCAAACCACCAGGGGAAAAGGCGACCACAAAGAGGAACAGAAGGCUGGGACGGAAGGCUGGGAGUUGCUAAUUUUUAAUUGAGUGAAAAUAAAAGUAAAUUCAUCGGAUGAAAUUAACUUCUGAUUUCAGUCGAUUGAAAUGUAGUAAAUCCGUUGAAGAAUAGACUGAACCGAACCGAAUCGAACGGACGACUCCUUCUACCUCGGCUCCACCGGCCUUCUUCCCCAUCGCUGUCUCCGAUCCUCCACCGUCCUAAUAGUCUCAAUCCCUUAUAUCGAUUUGGAUUAUUCUCUCAUAUUCUAAGUUCUUCAUCAGGUGUAUCCGGACCAUGUGUGUUUGUUUGAUUUGGCUAUUAAGCUCAGAUUUGGAUUGUUCU